AAAACCAAAUGGAAGCCCAAGAGUCUCACCGUUGUAUAGUGUCGCUUCCAUAAACCCAGGCUUAAAUCCUGAAGCAAAGCGCUCAUUUUUUCUUCAAAUUCUUCAUCAUCCAUGAUCGCCAGAAGAGGCUUCAAAGCUCUUCUCAUUCACUCUUUUCCAACCAUUUCUACUCUCUGUUCCACCCCUUUCUUCUCUGUAAACCGAUCUUCUUCGUCCAAAGUCUCUCACCCUACAACUUCCAAAGCUCCCAACUUUACUCUGUUUUCCACUAUUUCCAGAUUCGUUUCCACCUUUUCUUCGGACACUCUCGAAGGAUUGGUCGACCAGGAGGACCCAUUGGCCUUGGAUGGUUCGAAGGUCGAGUCAUUUUCGGCUGAAGAGUUCGGUUUCUUGCGCGGCUCGUUGUUGGGUUCGAGUUCUGAUUCUGGGUCUUCAGUAGGUGAAUCUGAUUUGGGUAAGUUUUCUAGCGAAGCCCUUUUGAUUUCCAAUGCCAUUAGAAACAAUAAAGAUGAGUUUGGUGAUCAUACCCAGAAAUUUCUUAGGCAGUUUAGGGACAAAUUGAAUGGAAAUUUGGUUGUUGAGGUUUUGAAGCUUGUUCAAAAUCCCGAAUUGGGCAUGAAGUUUUUCAUGUGGGCAGGUCGUCAAAUUGGAUAUAGUCACACUGGUUACGUGUAUGAUGCUUUGUUGGAAAUGUUGCAAAGUGAUAACAAUAAUAAUAAUUUUAGAGUACCUGAACACUUUCUUAGAGAAAUUAAGAGUGAUGACAAAGAGGUGCUUGGGAAAUUGCUUAAUAUUUUGAUUCGGAAGUGUUGUCGAUAUGGGUUGUGGAAUGUAGCUCUGGAAGAGUUGGGGAGGCUCAAGGAUUUUGGGUACAAGGCGACAAGGCCAACUUACAAUGCUUUGAUUCAAGUGUUUAUAGAAGCUAAUAAGCUGGACACAGCGCAAUUGGUUCAUAGGGAGAUGUGGGAUUCAGGGUUUAGGAUGGAUGAUCGAACAUUAGGAUGUCUUUCCCGUGCCCUCUGCGAAGCUGGGAGGUGGAGGGAAGCACUUACUUUGAUUGAUAACGAAGAGUUUGUGCCAACCACAGCUCUUUAUACGAAUAUGAUAUAUGGACUUUGUGAAGCUUCCCUUUUUGAUGUAGCUAUGGAUUUUUUGGACAGAAUGCGGUCUUGUUCUUGUAUUCCAAAUGUUGUAACUUAUAGGAUUCUGCUAUGUGGGUGUUUGAGAAAAAGACAACUUGGUAGGUGUAAGAGAAUUCUCAGUAUGAUGAUUGCGGAAGGUUGUUAUCCGAGCCCUAAAAUAUUUAAUUCUCUUGUUCAUGCUUAUUGCAAAUCAGGAGACUACUCUUAUGCUUAUAAAUUGCUAAGGAAAAUGGUAAAGUGUGGGUGCAAGCCUGGCUAUGUUGUUUAUAAUAUCUUGAUUGGUGGUAUUUGCAGCAAAAAUGAGUUACCUAGCUCAGAUUUGUUAGAUUUGGCUGAGAAAGCUUACAGUGAGAUGCUUAAUGCAGGGAUUGUGUUGAAUAAGGUAAAUGUCAGCAAUUUUGCAAGAUGUCUUUGUGGGGCUGGAAAAUUUGAGAAAGCCUAUAAUGUCAUAAGUGAAAUGAUGAGCAAGGGUUUUGUACCUGAUGCUAGUACAUAUUCUAAUGUAAUUGAGUUUUUGUGUAGUCACUCCAAGGUAGAAAAAGCAUUUUUUUUGUUUGAAGAAAUGCAAAAGAAUGGUAUUGUUCCCGAUGUCUAUACAUAUACUAUCUUGAUUGACAAUUUUUGUAAAGCUGGCCUCAUUCAACAGGCUCGCAAUUGGUUUAAUGAAAUGAUGGAAAAAGGCUGUUCCCCAAAUGUGGUGACUUAUACUGCUCUAAUACAUGCUUACCUUAAAGCUAGGAAGGUGAACGAUGCAAAUCAACUCUUUGAGAUGAUGUUGGAUAAUGGUUGCAUUCCUAAUGUUGUUACUUAUACUGCUUUGAUUGAUGGCCAUUUUAAAGCUGGAGAGAUUGAAAAAGCUUGUUUGAUUUAUACAAGAAUGAAAGGUGAUGUGGAAAAUUCUGAUAUGGAUAUUUACUUUAGACUUGGUGAUUGCAAUUCUAAAGAGCCAAAUGUUUUUACAUAUGGAGCUUUGGUGGAUGGUUUGUGCAAAGCUCACAAGGUCAAAGAGGCCCGUGAUUUGUUGGAUGCUAUGUUGGCAGGAGAUUGUGUACCUAACCAUAUUGUGUAUGACGCACUCAUAGAUGGAUUUUGUAAAGCUGGGAAGCUGGAUGAAGCUCAAGUUGUGUUUACUAAGAUGUCAGAGCAUGGGUAUAGUCCUAAUGCAUAUACUUACAGCUCAUUGAUUGACAGGCUUUUUAAGGAUCAGAGGUUGGAUCUUGUUUUGAAAGUAUUGUCUAAAAUGCUAGAAAACUCUUGUGAACCAAAUGUUGUUAUCUACACUGAGAUGAUUGAUGGGCUCUGUAAAGUUGGAAAAACCGAUGAAGCUUAUAAGCUUAUGUUAAUGAUGGAAGAGAAAGGGUGUUACCCUAAUGUUGUGACUUAUACUGCAAUGAUAGAUGGCUUUGGGAAAGCAGGUAAAAUAUACAAAUGCCUUGAGCUCUUAAGAGAGAUGGGCUCAAAGGGUUGUGCUCCAAAUUUCGUCACUUAUAGGGUGCUAAUAAACCACUGCUGCACCGCUGGCCUUCUGGACGAGGCUCGUGAACUUUUGGAUGAAAUGAAACAGACGUAUUGGCCAAAGCAUAUGGCAAGCUACUGUAAGGUUAUUGAAGGUUACAACAGGGAGUUCAUAGCCUCUCUUGGACUUCUAAAUGAGAUAAGUGAGAGUGAUAAUAUACCAAUUUUUCCUGUAUAUAGUAUUCUGGUUGAUAAUUUUAUUAAGGCUGGAAAACUGGAUGUGGCAUUGCAGCUGCAUGAAGAGAUAUCAUCAUCUUCACCUUUGACGUCUUUGAACAAAAGAAUGUAUAAUUCAUUGAUUGAAAGCCUGUCACAUGCAAGUAACGUUGACAAGGCAUUUGGAUUGUUUGCGAAGAUGGUAACACGGGGUGGGGUUCCAGAGCUAAGUACAUUUAUUCACCUUAUUAAAGGGCUCCGUAAAGUUAAUAAGUGGGAAGAAGCUUUGCAGCUAUCAGAUAGCAUAUGCCAAAUGGAUAUCAUUUGGCUUCAACAAGAAGAGACAUCUGACUAAAAUAAGAUUCUUUUCCUCACAUUUAUUAUUCUUAAUCAUUCAUGCUUAAUGUAACGAGCAGUGGUGAGCGGUAUAAAGCUCUGCCAAAGAAUUUACCAUCUGUCAGAGGAUUCUUUCAGCUAGCAGAUGAGUGACUUGCAUGCUAAACAGAACAAUUGUUCAGACAGUUGAAAGCUGUGCUUCGCAUUGUAAAGAAGCUAAAUAUUUGCAAGAAAGUUUGAAAAAAUUUUGGUUCCUCAGUUUUUCUGUCUCAUAAACUUGGUCAAUUCAUCAUGCCCUUUGCUAGCUAAUGGUUUGAAUAGGCUACAGCGUAGUUCUGUCAAUUAUAGCUGCAGAUCUUUAUUAUUCGACGCGGUGCAGCUUCUCAAUGAGGAGGAUAUGCACAGAAACAUGCAUACAGUGUGAAAUCCAAAGCUCAAAGGUAGUAUGGUGCAAUUAAUUUGAAAUUUGAAGCAUCCAUAUGUGAGUAACAAAAAACAGAAAUAAAAUUGAUGGAGUUUAACAUUAAGGAGACCAAAAAAAGAUUCAGUGAAACUAAAUGACCUUCACUACUUGGCAAAAAGUACACUUAGAUAAAUAUAGGCAUACAUAUUCAUUUUUAAUGUCAUACGGAUAGUUCAGAUAACAGUCCAAUUCUUGAUAAGAUGUACGGUAUUGUAGUUUUAUUGCCCACUGUUCAGGUUGGUCUAGUUAGGCGCAGGACAAAUUCAAAAUGAUUAAUUAUAUAAAAAAAAUAUAUUUUCAUGAAAAUAUAUUUUGAAUAUUUGUUUCAUAA